AUGGCUGUAUUUUCUUUUCUAUCCCCAGUUUUUAUUGCCAUCAUCUGUCUUUUAAUUGUGAUCAUUCUACAAAAUAAGCGAGGCAAUGAAAAAGUCAAAAAAAGGAAAGAAAAGACUGACAAAGAAUCACGUCCAUGGGUGGAUGAAGACCUUCAAGACAGCACUGAAGUUCCAGCGGAUGAGGAUGGGAAAGAUGAAGACAUGGAUGAAGAUGAUAUCUCACACAUUCCCUUUAGCCCGCUGCGUCAUGAUGAGCAAGAUAUGGUGAAGAGGUCAAAAGAAUUUUAUGAGAUGCUUAACCAAAGGAGAUCUGUGAGGUUUAUCAGCAAUGAAUCUGUUUCAAGGGAAGUCAUUGACAACAUCAUCAGAGCAGCAGGGACGUCUCCAAGUGGGGCACACACUGAACCAUGGACAUUUGUGGUUGUCCAAGAUCCAGAGGUAAAACACAAGAUCCGUGAGAUAAUUGAAGAAGAGGAGGAGAUAAACUACAGAAAAAGAAUGGGAGACAAAUGGGUUAAUGAUCUGAAAAAAUUAAGAACAAACUGGAUAAAAGAAUAUCUAGACACAGCUCCUUAUUUAAUCUUGAUCUUUAAACAAAUAUAUGGAAUACUUUCUAGUGACAGAAAGAAGACUCAUUAUUACAAUGAGAUUAGCGUGUCAAUUGCUUGUGGAAUACUUCUGGCAGCCAUUCAGUAUGCAGGUUUAGUGACUGUAACUACUACUCCUUUAAACUGUGGUCCUCGACUCAGGGUACUACUUGAACGCCCUGUAAAUGAAAAACUCCUCAUGCUUCUACCUGUUGGCUACCCAAACAAGGAUGCCACUGUACCAGAUUUAAAGCGGAAGCCUUUAGAAGAUAUCAUGGUGGUUGUUUAG